CGGCCGGCGCGGGCUAUGGCGGGCUACGGGGUGGCGAACGAGCGGCUGCGCGUGCUGGAGGAGCUGGAGCGCGAGAUCGGCGCCUCCCUGCAGAGCGCCGGCACAGUGAUCCUGGAGCUGUCCAAGGAGAAGGCCGGGGAGCGGCUGCUGGAGCGCCAGGCCGCCCAGUUCAGCGCCGCCGUCCAGAAGGUCGAGUCCGAGCUCUCCGCGCAGAUCCGCUACCUCACCCAGGUGGCCACGGGGCAACCCCACGAGGGCUCCAGCUACUCGGCCCGCAAAGCCUGUCAGAUGGCGCUGAACCGGGUGGACUACGCCCGGCUGAAGCUGGGGGAGCUGGCGCGGGCCUGCGAGCAGAUGCUGGAGCCCUGACAGGGGGAGGCGGCGGCAGCGGGGGGAACAACACCGACGCGGACCCGGCCCGCGUGGCUGCCGCCUCCCGCCGCUCGCACGCUGGACACGGGACUUGCCAAAAUAAAGGGAAGACGCGGUGGCCUUCA